CUUCGUCAGUUUUCUCCCAAUCCCAGGUUUCUAAUUCUCGAGGGCACGGAUACGGUCUCGAGCAGCAACUGAGAUGGAGAUACAUCAUCACAAUCAUCAUCAGCAUCAUAAUCACCAUCCAUGGCGGCUCAGAUUCUCCUUCAAGAACGCCACUAUUGUUCUCACUGUCAUCAACGUCCUCCUCGUCGUCUUCCUCCUUCUGGGUUUUCUCUCUUCUUCUUCCUCUCGCUCUGGAAUCUCCUCUCACCAGCUCGACUCAGCUCUGCUCAGGCAGAUCAAGGAGGCUGAAGAGAUUCGGCUUGCAAUGCAACCCUUGGAACUCAUAAAAAGAGUUCGGGAGAUCGAGCAAGAGGUAUCUGCAGAGCAAGAGACCGAGCAGCAGAAAGAUGCAAAGCAGAACACAGCAGUUGAUCUCUCCAAACGGCUCAAGGAUUUCCGUGCAUUGAACGAUGCCUCCAGCUUGAAAGCACUGGAGGAAUGGCGAAAGCGGAAAAUGGAACGAGCCAGACAGCGGGAACUCGAGAAAAACGGAACCUUAUUGUCUAAAACAUGAAGAAACCCUCAAAAGAUGAGGUUUUUUGUGUGGAUGGGUUCUGUAUAACGUUCAGUAAACCGUACAAUAUACCAUCACAUACCUGUCAUAAAGGAAACGAUCUGAGAUUUUGUAAUGUUCAGAUGCCGAUUUGAGACUGACUUUUGCCCUUUUCUUGCAUCUGCAGACACUACUGGUCAGAAUGGAUAAUCAUAAGUGGAUGAUAAUUGCCUUUU